AGCUGAGUUCUGUGGAGAGAGGUGAACGGUGCAGUGCAGAUACCUGCAGAGGAUGCUCUCAGGGUUUUCUACAAAUUUGUGAUUGCGGUCUUCCAAAUGGAAGAGAUAAAAGAUAGCUUGGCAUUUAAAGGUGUGGCUGAGAGACUGACGCUUGGCAUUACUCGAAUACUCGAGAACAUGCCUGGUGUGGUCGAUGUGCGUUUUGUAGAGAGGGAGCCUGCAGAGAAGAGGAGCCUGCUGUCGUGGGAACAGAAAAACACUUGUAUUUUGCCAGAGGACCUGCGAGAUUUCUAUCUGACCAUUGAUGGGUUUACACUAACCUGGAGCAUUAAACUAGACAACGAGUGUGUUCCCCUUGGGUGCAUGAUGAUUAACAGUGUGGCCAGGCUGUGCCCACUCCUUCAACCAGUAUCAUUAUUCUCCCUACCCAAUGCACCCUCACUGGCCGACCUGGACUGGGAGGAGAGCAACACAGAGAGUGGGACGGGGCAUGCUCCUGCUGCACCCCAUUUUGAUGCCCGGAGCCGCAUCUUCGAGCUGGAUUCCUGCAGUGGGAAUGGCAAAGUGUGUCUAGUCUACAAAAACUGCACUCCAGGUGUGGUAGCCCAGCAGAGUGAAAUUUGGUUCCUUGACCGCUCUCUAUGUUGGCAUUUCCUGACGGCAACCUUCACCUCCUACUACCGACUGAUGAUCACCCACCUGGGUCUGCCUGAGUGGCAGUACGCCUUCACUCCAUAUGGCCCUAGCCCCCAAGCCAAACAGUGGGCAUCGCUGUACCAGCCACUGACUUUCAGCAGUGAGCUCAGCUUGGCUGAUCCUGUUGGAGAUUCCCAUCUCAACAAGCUGGAUCCUACAAAGGCCUUCAAAGGCAAAGUUAAGACACCCGUCCCUAAGAAGAAGCAGUCGACACAGUGUAGCCAAGGGAGCACUGCAAAGAGCCAAGGCAGCACUGGAAGACACGGCGGAGGAAAGCGGUGAGAUUGUUCCCAUCCAAGGAACUUUGCUGUCUAUACAACCAACACAGCUUAGAGGAGCAGCCUGCGAUUCCAUCACUGGCUGGAUUUGGCGUGUUAGCCUCUCUACGCUCCAUGGGAGCAUGUUGUCCCAAACUAAGUUUGGAAUGCUGCAUGUCUGCAUAGAUACAUAACCAGCAUUUUUUAUCAGCUUAACACAAGGCUAAAGUGGCUCCAGCUGGUGCAGGCAACCUGGCGUGUGUAAAGAUGUUUCUAACCUUGUGUAUGUUAAAGAUUUCACACAAUAAGAGCAAUUUUUUUCCGAAACACAUGGAACAUUGUGAUAAGACUAAUAUUUUUUUGUUUAUCUUUCACAGUUAAGUGUUAGUGAUGGAGAAAUGAGGCAUGCUAAAGCACUGAGGUUUACCAGCCAAGUGCAUCACCGAUAGAUUCAUUAUUCAAAGCCUUGUUUGAUAGUGUUCACCAGUAACUUAAAUCAGACAAUUCAUAAAAAAUGAUCAUGCACUGUUGACAUGUGACAAAUAAUCAGGGCAUGUUGUGAUAAACUGUACCACUGCUGUAACCCAUGAGAAGGACCCAUCAAUACUCAAUAAAGACACAGUUUAUAUCUGUAGUUAUCAUAA